GAAUAAUUAACUUAAUUGGACUGUCUUGUUUGGGGAUGCAUUUACUCUUAGGCAAGUCAAUAACAUUCUGGAAUUGAGACACACUGUUUCCAGACACCACUGGCCAGUCCCAACAUGGAGCAUAAGGAAGUGGUCCUUCUGCUUCUUUUAUUUCUGAAAUCAGGUCAAGGAGAGCCACUGGAUGACUAUGUGAAUACCCAGGGGGCCUCACUGUUCAGUGGCACUAAGAGACAGCUUGGAGCAGAGAGUGUAGACGAAUGUGCAGCAAAAUGUGAGGAGGAAAAGGAAUUCAUCUGCAGGUCAUUCCAAUAUCAUAGUAAAUGGCAACAAUGUGUGAUAAUGGCUGAAAACAGCAAGUCUUCCUCCAUUAUUAGGAUGAGAGAUGUUGUUUUAUUUGAAAAGAAAAUGUAUCUUUCAGAGUGCAAGACUGGGAACGGAAAGAGUUACAGAGGGACCAUGUCCAAAACCAAGAGAGGCAUCCCCUGCCAAAGAUGGAAUGCCACCUUCCCCCACAAACCUAACUUCUCACCUAGUACACACCCCAAUGAAGGCCUGGAGAGGAACUACUGCAGGAAUCCCGACAAUGACGAGCAGGGGCCCUGGUGCUACACGACUGACCCAGAACAGAGAUUCGACUACUGCGACAUUCCCGAAUGCGAAGAUGAAUGUAUGCAUUGCAGCGGAGAAAAUUACGAAGGGAAAAUUUCCAAGACCAUGUCUGGACUGGAAUGCCAGGCCUGGGACUCUCAGAGUCCACAUGCUCAUGGAUACAUUCCUUCCAAAUUUCCCAACAAGAACUUGAAGAUGAAUUACUGCCGUAACCCUGAUGGGGAACCCCGCCCUUGGUGUUUUACCACCAAUCCCAACAAGCGCUGGGAGCUCUGUGACAUUCCCCGCUGCACAACACCCCCUCCACUUUCUGGUCCAACCUACCAAUGUCUGAAGGGAAGAGGUGAAAACUAUCGCGGGACAGUGGCCGUCACUGUGUCCGGGCACACGUGUCAGCGCUGGAAUGAACAGACCCCUCACACACACAACAGGACACCAGAAAACUUCCCCUGCAAAAAUUUGGAUGAAAACUACUGUCGUAACCCAGAUGGAGAAAAGGCCCCAUGGUGCUACACAACCAACAGUGAAGUGAGGUGGGAGUACUGUAAGAUACCAUCCUGUGAUUCCUCCCAGUUAUCCACAGAACAGUUGGAUGCCUCAGCACCACCUGAACAAACCCCUGUGGUCCAGGAGUGCUACCAUGGUAACGGACAGAGCUAUCGAGGCACAUCCUCCACCACUAUCACAGGAAAGAAGUGUCAAUCUUGGUCAUCUAUGAGACCCCACUGGCAUGACAAGACUGCAGAAAAUUACCCAAAUGCUGGCUUAGAAAUGAACUACUGCAGGAAUCCUGACGGUGAUAAUGGCCCUUGGUGUUACACCACUGACCCAAGCGUCAGGUGGGAGUACUGUAACCUGAAGAAAUGCUCAGAAACAGAAGGCAGUGUCGCAGGGCCUCCGACGGUACCCCAGGCUCCAAGCAUGGAGGCUCCUUCUGAGGAGGACUGUAUGUUCGGGAACGGUAAAAAAUAUCGGGGCAAGAGGGCGACCACAGUCACAGGGACUCCAUGCCAGGAAUGGGCUGCCCAGGAGCCCCACAGACACAGCAUUUUCACUCCAAUGACAAACCCACGGGCGGGUCUGGAAAAAAACUACUGCCGAAAUCCUGAUGGUGAUGUCAAUGGUCCCUGGUGCUACACGAUGAACCCAAGAAAACUUUUUGAUUAUUGUGACGUCCCUCAGUGUGCGAUCUCUUCCUUUGAAUGCGGAAAGCCUCAAGUGGAGCCCAAGAAAUGUCCUGGAAGAGUGGUAGGUGGGUGUGUAGCCCACCCACACUCCUGGCCCUGGCAAGUCAGUCUCAGAACGAGAUCUGGAAGGCACUUCUGUGGAGGCACUUUGAUAUCCCCGGAGUGGGUGCUGACUGCAGCACACUGCUUGGAGAAGUCCUCGAUUCCUGCGUACUACAAGGUCAUCCUGGGUGCACACCAAGAAGUGAGACUUGAAUCAGAUGUCCAGAAAAUAGAAGUGGCUAAGUUGUUCUUGGAGCCCUCAAGAGCAGACAUCGCCUUGCUGAAGCUGGAUAGUCCUGCCGUCGUCAGUGACAAAGUCAUUCCAGCUUGUCUGCCACCCUCAAAUUAUGUGGUCGCUGACCGGACGGUAUGUUUCAUCACUGGCUGGGGAGAUACCCAAGGCACCUUUGGCGCUGGCCUUCUCAAGGAAGCCCAGCUCCCUGUGAUUGAGAAUAAAGUUUGUAAUCGCUAUGAGUAUCUGAAUGGAAGAGUCAAAUCCACAGAACUUUGUGCUGGGCAUUUGGCCGGGGGCACAGACAGCUGCCAGGGUGACAGCGGAGGACCCCUGGUUUGCUUCGAGAAGGACAAAUACAUUUUGCAAGGAGUCACUUCUUGGGGUCUUGGCUGUGCACGCCCCAAUAAGCCUGGUGUCUAUGUCCGUGUUUCAAGGUUUGUUACUUGGAUUGAAGGAGUGAUGAAAAAUAAUUAACUGGAUGGGAGACAAAGGAAAGCAUCAACUUGUCUAGCAGUAAGAGCGUGGGCAGGGAACUUGGC